AUGACGUCUCUCCCGAGUUAUUCGGCCACUUCAGGUCGAACGCGGUCAUCCGAUAGCCCUAUAUCCACCUCCCGGGACGACGAGCUCUCGAGAUCGGAUACGAAUAGCCCUUCGUCGACCGAAUCCACCGGCGACACCGGGACCGUCUUCCUCAAUCAGCCCGAGGAGGGCAGGUCUACCAGCGAGCCCCCGAUCUCAACCCUGAGCGCUGUUGACUCAUCCAAUGAUGAACCUCGAAAAUGCUGGAUCUGUUAUACCGACGAGACGGAGGACUCGCUAUUAAAUACCGAAUGGCGCUCGCCGUGCCCCUGUGCCUUGACGGCCCACGAAGCUUGUCUUCUGGACUGGCUCGCCGACCUAGAAAACCCCCGAUCCCGCAAACGCAACGGCCGCAACACCAAGAUGGUGUGCCCCCAGUGCAAAUCCGAAAUCGUGGUCUCGCGCCCGCGCAGUUAUAUUGUGGACAUUGUCCGGUUGUUUGAGCGGUUCGCCGGCCGGCUGGUUCUACCCGGUAUGGUUUUCACACUGGCGGGGACAGUCUGGGCGGGAUGCUGCGCGCACGGUGUAUAUUCCAUGUAUUUUGUUUUCGGGACCGAGGAGGCGCGGCAGAUCCUAGAAGAGUCCGCAGAUGCCUCGUGGAAUUCGGGCCUCAAUUUGGGACUACCGCUCAUCCCGUUGGUAUUGAUAUUCUCGCGAACACGUUACGCCGAGGGCUUACUCCCUGCCAUUCCCGUCCUAUUUUUCGCAACGCACAACCCCGGUCACGAGCCCGAGCUCGACUUUUGGCCCCCUAGCCCAGCCAUGACCUUUGCGGCCCUUCCUUAUAUCAAGAGCUUCUACAGCGCAAUCUACGAGCGAUUCUUCGGCAAGUUGGAAAGAAAAUGGAUUGUGGAAGUGCAACCACGUCAGUCCGAUGUCAACGAGUUUGACGACAAUGCGCCGCCCGAAGCACAGGAGCCGGCAGACCCGGUAAGAAACGAUAACGGUCGGGUAUUGAUGGAAAUUGAUUUUGAGCUGCAGGUUGGAAUGGGAGAUGACGAUGGCGAGGGGAUUCAGGGUGACUUUGGCUUCCAGGCCGGAGGGGAUCAAGAGGCGCACGGAGGACCGCCAGGAGAGGAGCAAGGCGCGGGUGCAAUGGGGGGAAAUGGACAGGCCUUGGGCCUGGGUCGGCGCGACGAUCUCAUAAACGAGACCAGCAACCUCGCCGACAUCGUCCUCGGAGCGCUUGCAUUCCCCGCCAUAUCUGCCUCCGUCGGAGGACUUUUGAAAUACGUCCUGCCGAAGACUUGGACGACAGCGCCUUCGACUCUUGAGCGUGGUCGACCGGGCCUGCUACAGAGCCGAUGGGGCCGCAGCGUGAUUGGCGGCUGCGUUUUUGUACUCCUGAAAGAUGCAUUGGUUCUCUACUGUCGAUGGAAAUUGGCCCAGACCCAUCGACGACGAAAGGUCCUUAAUUACGACCGGGCCAAGAAGCAAGUGGCUCGGCAACGAUCAACCUCUUGA